AUGGCAAAGAGCCAGUACCGAGGCAAACAGAAACUUGGAAGCCACGGCGCCCCGCUUUUCCCGUCCCCCAGAACCGCCUUCAGCAGGUCAGCCGCAGCUCCGCCCCAGUGGGAAGCGCAAGGGAGAUACCUUUUCGGUACCCCCUGCAUUGCGUCCGCAGGGAUGAGCUCGUAUGUACUUGAGCAGUACCCGGUGCGAAACCACGCGAGCCCCGGGAUUUGCCCAGGCUCGAUUUAAUUACCAAGCCGCCGGGGCUUGUGAUUGCCCCAGCCAUUUGAUGAAGGCUCAUCUCCCCUCCUCCCGUCAACACUGGAGCUUAUCGCAACUCUUUGCUCUCUCCCAAAUUCCAGAUUCGAAUUGCAUCCUGCCAGGCCCGACGCGUUACUCGCACAAUAAUAACAGCAGACUAAGCCUUACGCGCCGAUUCUGCUCGUCUUGCUUGUGCCGUCGCUUAUCGCCACAACCUGGGGCCUGCCUCAGCCCCAGCUGGGAAAAAAAAAACGAAAUUGCUGGCAGCACACCAAACCAAGCCAGCCUCCACACCCCAAGACUCAAAGAGGCGACCCUAAAAGGAUUGCACGCGCUCCGUGGCCAUAGCACUGUUGUGAUACCCCGGCUGUUUUUCUUGCUGCUCAUUUCUUAACCCUUUCCACAAUGGCCUCGCCACCUAAGCCUUGGGAACGAGCUGGAACCUCAGUACCUUCACGUAAGUCCCAACACAUAACCGCCCAAAGCUCUUGUGCCCAGAGCGCGCCUCGCUCGUGACCUUCACAUGCUGACUAGCCUUUUGCCCUCUCUUUAGUCACUAUCCCUCCUUCAUCAGCCUCAUCAUCAGCGCCUCUGUCGCCGGCAUCAUCUGUUGCAUCUAUGGACGCACCACCGAUACCAGAGCGCCCGGCGUCGUUUGCUGCGGCCAUGACCCCGAGCGCUGCCACUCCUACCCCCGGUGUUAUGGGCGGUAUGGCUGCCUCUCCCUACGGCGCCUACA